AUAUAUUUCCAUCGCAAGGGAAAUUUGUUAACCCUAUUCAUGUGCUAGCAAAAUACUACUACUAUAUUUUGUACCUUAUCAGGAACUUCGAGUUCUGCAAACGAUAUGAGCAUGGAGGAGAACUUGAAGGUUGGGCCAUGGGGAGGUGAAGGUGGAAAGAACAGUUGGAGCUUCAAGGCAAAUAAAGGUGGGAUCAGUGAGAUAGUGAUUAUGCAUGGAUGGGCCAUCGAUGCCAUCUCAUUCAAAAGUGAUGAUAGAUCUGGUACGUUCCAGUAUUCAGAUAAGUUUGGUGGUAAUGGCGGCAGAACUGAAAAGAUUAUGCUAGACUGGCCUAGAGAGUACUUGACAUCCAUUAGCGGGACAUAUGAAUCUGCCUGGCCAUUUGGACCGGUUGUAAUCAAAUCACUACACAUUAUUACAAAUGUGACAAAGUAUGGACCUUAUGGUUAUGAAAAUGGUACGCCAUUCUCUUUCCCAGCUGAGGGUGGUGAAAUUGUUGGUUUCCAUGGUCGUUCCGAAGAUCUCGUUCACUCCAUAGGUGUUUAUGUCAAAUCUCAGAUUCCAUUUUGUGCUUCAAACCCAGAUUACACAAUGCAACAAGAGUUGGAUAAUAAUACAAUGAAUGUGGAUGUACCACGAGGAGUAGGGCCUGGGAGCGGUCAUGGUGGGAAGCUAUGGGGGAUGAUGCCGUCUUUUCCUCAAUUCAUGAAUUGCAUUUGCAUGUAGGAGAUUCAAUGGUUCAUGCAAUACAAUUGUUUUAUAUAAGAUAAAGCUUGAUGCAUCAACUGAAUUCUUGGUUGGAAUUAUGGGAUUUUAUGGGCCCGUUAAAGGAAAUGACGACUACGAAGCAUUG